CUCCAGGCGCCGCGCGCGGGCGCCGCGCGCGGGCCCGCCGGCCAGAGCCGCCCCGGCAGGCGCCGCCCCCCGCGCCCUCGCCUCUCGGCCUGCUCGCAGGGAGCGCUGCGAUGCGCGACGAGCCCGAUUAUGACAGCAUGGGGGUCAAGGAGCUCAAGACCUUUAUCAGCAGCCGCGGCCUCUCCCACGCCGACUGCUGCGAGGUCUCGGAUCUGCGCCGCCGCGCCCGCGAGGCGGCGUCCGGCCACAAGGGCGGCGGCGGCAAGGCCAAGGGCGGCGGCGGCGGCGGCGCGGCCUCCUCCAAGCGCGACUCGGAGGGGAAGGACUCGACGUUGCGGGAGCGAAAGAAGGGCUCGGCGGUUGCAGAGAGUGGCUCCUCGAGCUCCAGGGUGAACAACGGCUCCCCGACGGAGGAGGAGGAGUCCCUGAAGACCAAGGUGGCCGGGCUCCAGAGCGAGUCGGGCCAGGUCAUUUUUGGACGGGACGCCUCCGUGAUCCUGGCAGACGUGGACCAGCUGAGGAAGGUCGUCGAGGAGACGAGGCUGACGGCGGCUGGCCGCGAGCAGAUGGUGGCCCAGCUGGACGACGUGCAGAAGAGCCUUGCGUUCGAGGACAACCUGGAGCAGAACUGUGGCAAGGUCAUCCGCUACGGCCUGCUGGCGGUCACCUUCAUACCGCUGCUCCUCUCAGGCCUCGAGACCUUCCUGGAAUUCGCCAUGCGCCCCACCAUGCAGGCCGCGCCCGCCAACCUGAUCGACAUGCACGCCGUGGUCACAGGUGGCUGCGGCGCAGUGGGCUACGACCUCGCCGUCAUGCUGGCCAACUCCGGGGCGGAGGUGAUAAUCUCGUGCCACGGCAAUCCGGACGAGGUGGAGGCGAAGCUCUCCAGGCAGGGCCUUCUUCAGGAGGAGCCCGUACGCAAGAAAGGCGGGACUUCGCGCAAGGGCUGGAUCAAGGUGCUGCCCCUGCAGCUCGAGUCCUUCGCCUCUGUGAGGGAGUUUGCUCGGCGGACCCUCGAGGAGUGGAGCGGCCUGGACAUCCUGGUGCACAACGCUGCCACCAAGGACGGCUGCAGCUUCACGGAGGAUGGCCACGAGCUGUCGACGCAGGUGAAUUACCUCUCGCCGUUCCUGUUGACGCAGCUCCUGCUGCCGUCGCUGCGGGAGGGGGCGGCGCGGGUGGUGCACGUCACAUGCGACGCCGCGCUCCAGCGGCCCGACUGGCUGCCCUGGCCGCUGACGCGAUCUCAGGACGACCUGCUGCCGCGCGUGGACGUCAGCAGCAUCGACGGGGGCCGCGAGCCAGAAUGGGACCCGGACGCCGACCCGGACGCCGACGCCCCCGAAGAGAAGGUCCGCAUCACGGGGUGGCCACGGUCGCAAGCACCACGAGUCUCGUUCUGUUGCCCCCGCCUUGCAGGACCACCGCGCCGAUCCUGGGGCCAGGAUCGGCCCAGCCAGGAUCGGUGAGGUGAUCCGUCGACGUGCCCCGACGACUCCUCGGCAGGUGGAUGGGGGCUUCGUUCUCCUCCUGGUCGUCAUCGUCUUCCGCCUCCCGGUCUUCGUUUUCCUCUGCUUCGUCGUCGUCCUCGUCCUCCUCCUCCUCCUCUUCCUCCUCCUCCUCUGGUCCUGUGGCCCCCUCGUUCUGCCUCCGCCUCUUCCUCCUCCUCCCCCUCCUCCUCCUCCUCCUCCUCCUUGGGCUCCCCCAUGGGCCUCCUCCUCACCCCAAGGAGGAGUGGCUGGGGAGUAAACCCAGAUGCUGUAACACACCCUCCGUCCCAAGUCGCUC